CAAUUAGUCACCAUUUUAAACAACUUCCAAAAUGUCACUUCUUCUUUAUUCAACGCUGCUUCAAACGCAUCUAGUCCAGCUUUAGCAGGCCAAUAUAUGGGUCAUGGUAAAACUUUAUUAGGUUUAUUCUUGAAUAAAAUUAAUAACGUCUUUACUACAUCUCAAUUAUUAGGUGUUUUCAAAAUCUUAUCUGGUGGUGCUGCCUUAGGUACUGGUUCCAAGAAAUUGUUAACAAUUGCUAAAGAUAUGAUGAAUGGAUUCACUGGUGGAUUAGGUGUUAGUGUUGGUAUCCCAUCACGUUUAUUAAAUUUGGUUGAAGCUUAUCAACCUGCUGAAUUUGGUGAUUAUCCAACUACUAAAGAUAUCGCACCAUCUUCAAUCUUUAUGGCUAUUUUCUUCAUUUUCACUUUAUUACAUUUAGGUAUCUUCAUCAAGAAUUUUUCAUUAGGUCAUAAAUUUUACAUCAGUUUAGGUUUGACAAUUUACUCUUUGGUUCGUGCUUUAGGUUUCUUGUUGAGAAUUGUUUGGUCAAAAGAUGUUACUAGAAUUACCACUGGUUUAGUUUCUAUGAUUUUCAUUGUUUUACCAACUGCUUUCUUACCGGGUUUGAAUUUGAUUUUAGCUCAAAGAUAUUUCACAUGGAGACAUCCUGUUCAUGGUUCAAGAAAAAUCUUUAUGACUUUAAUGUACUUGAUUUACUCUGUUGUUAUUGCUGUUGUUGUUAUGACUAUUAUUGCUGCUUGUGUUCAAGUUAAUUAUUUCUUAAAUGAUCAUCAUUUCAAAAUGACUAAACAAGUUAUUCAAGCUUCUUCAAUUUUAAUCUUGAUUUAUUCAUUAUUAGCUGUCAUCUUAAUUGGUGCCUCAUACAUUGUUAAACCAACUAAAUCUGAUGGUGAAAUUCUUACUUAUCAACCAUAUUGGAUUAAAUCAUUUGGAUUAACUUAUUUUGUUCCAAAAGGUCAAGCUGCUAAAGAAGCUAGAUCUGUUCCAAGUUCCAAAAAACAUGCUAUUAGAGUUAUUCAUUCUUCUGAAUACCAUUAUGAUACCACCCAUUCUGAAGAAGUUACCGAAACUAAAACUUUAAAACAAAACAAUUCAAUUAUUAUCAUUGCUAUUUCAACCCUUUUAGUUUUCAUUGGUGAUAUCUUCCGUUGUGUUUCCACUUUCAUUGACCAAUACAAAUACGAACAAUCAUGGAUCUUUAAACCAGUUGUUAUGUAUGUUAUGUUUGGUGCUUUAGAAACUAUUGUCAACUUGUUAUACAUUCUUGGUAGAAUUGAUUUAAGAUUCUAUAAACCAGAU